UUUGGAUUCAUGGAUUUUGAUCAAUCCAUUAACAAGAAACCUUGUUCUUGUUCUUGUUCUUCUUCCUCUUUUCAUUUUCGUUUCUAUCUUUUUGGUUUUUAUUGCUGGGAUUGGGAAUUCUUAACUGCUCUUCUUCUUUUUAGUUUUUCUUCAUAACCUUUUUCAUUUCCUUUUACCAUAAUAAACAUAAAUAUACCUUUUUUUUUCUUCUUUUAAAAGGAAAAAUAAUUAUUAUUCAUAGUUACAUAUAAUCUUUUUUUUCUUUCUUCUUUUCCUUUUAUAAAUAUACAUUAGCUUGUUUUUUUAUUUGGCAAAUAAAAUAGUGUAGAAUUUUUUGAGGUGAAGGAUAGAUCGAGAAGAAAAAAUGUCACAGCAGCGAGUUUCUUCGUCAGCGGCGCCAUUUUUGUCGAAGACUUAUGAGAUGGUGGAUGAUUCUGUGACUGAUGAUGUGAUUUGCUGGGGUGAAAAUGGCAAGAGUUUUGUUGUGGUGCAACAUGCUGAGUUUUCCAGGGAUUUGCUUCCUAAGUACUUCAAGCACAACAAUUUCUCAAGUUUUGUACGUCAACUCAACACUUAUGGAUUCCGCAAAAUUGUUUCUGACAAAUGGGAAUUUGCCAACGAAAAUUUCAAGCGAGGACAGACAGAGCUACUAUCAUCAAUCAAGCGCCGAAAGACUCAAUCAUAUGUAGCCAUAAGACCCGUUGGUGGCCAUGGAAAUUCAAGAUUGAAUUCUGGUGGCGAAGACAUGAGCUCAACCUCAACAGGAUCAAGAUCAGCGGAACGAAAUACCCAUCGCUCUAAUCUAUCGAGCGAAAACGAGAAGCUGAAGAAGGAGAACGAGAAACUUAAGACUCAAUUGGCUCUCGCGAAGAAGCAGUGUGCCGAAUUGGUCGCUUUUCUUCGUGACAAUGUCAAUAUUGGGCCUGAUCAGAUUAGCCGCAUCAUUAGGCAAGGAACAGGUGGAUCCAGCCUUGAGGCGGCGCGUGCUGAUGAUGGCGCUGAAGGUGAAGGAAAAUGUAAGGGUGGAGAGGGUGUGAAGCUCUUUGGAGUUUGGGUGAAGGGUGGUGGAGAUGGAAAAAACAAAGUGAAGAAAGAAAAUGGUGAUCCUAAGUCUCGCAAGAGGGGACAUGAAGAGGCAAAUUGUGGUGAAAACAAGAAGUCCAAGACUUAGGGAUGUUAGGAUAAUUUUAAAAACUUUAGUUUGAAUAAAAGCAUGAAUAUGAAGUGUAUGAAUAAUGGUAGUUAUUAGUUGGUUAUUUUGUAGUUUGGAUUUGGUGAUGCACAGUGGUUUUGGUUGGUUAUACAUUUUUAAAAUGUAUGACUUCUAUAAAACCAUAAUUAGACAAGUUUCAUGGAUAUGUUUUGCACAGUGGUUUUGAAUUGAAACCAUCUAUAAGUUAUUUGUUUGGAAAAAA